CAGAGAUUAAAAGUUCUGUGGUUCUGCGUGUAACUUCCUUCUCAAAAAUUUAUGAAAAUAAGAAGACGUCUUCCUUGACAGAGGAAGUUCUACGAGGAAUCAAGACACCAGCUAGUACAGGUCGUGCUGCAAUUAGUUCAUUGAAAACUCAGUUGCUUUCCGAGCGGUCGGGUAGAGACUGCUUUCGGCUUUUUUUCUGCCGACUAAGAUCUCCUAUAGAGAGCUGCAACAAUGCCCAAAAGAAAGGCUGCAGGUCAAGGUGAUAUGAAGCAGGAGCCAAAGAGAAGAUCAGCCAGACUGUCUGCUUUGCCUGUGCCCACUACACUAGAGCUGAAGUUCAAAAGAACAUCAACUCCACGGAAAAUGAAGUCAAAAAAUGAUAUGAUAGAAAAAAACACAGAUACAAGUGCUAGAGCAACAGUUGAAACCAAGAAGGAAGUUGUUAAAGAAGAAUACAACGAUGAAACUGCUGAAAAUGGAGAAGCCAAAAUUAUAGAGGAACCAGCUCCAGAAAAAGAGAUAGAGGAAAUAAAAGAAGAAACAGUUGAAGAUACCAAAGAAGAGAGAGGAGAAAAGAAAGAAGCAGUGGCAGCAGAAGGAAAAGAAGAUGAAAAAGAUGAGAAAGGAGAUGGAGAAGAUCAAAACAAGAAAGAAGAGAAGGGAGAAGAUAGAAAGGAGGACAAAGAUGAAAAAGAAGAUGAAGGUAGAAAAGAGAAGGAAGAUGGAAAAGAGGAAAAAGACAAAAAGGAGACAGGAGAUGAAAAAGAGGAUGAAGACGGAAAAAGGAAAGGAGAUGAAAAAGAGGAAGAGGAUGAAAAAGAGAGAGGAGAUGAAAAAGAAAAUGAAAAUGGAAAGGGGAAAGGAGAAGAUGGCAAAAAAACUGAAGAUGGAAAAUAUAAAGGAGAAUAUGAAAAAAAGGGAGAGGAUAGAAAAGAGAAAGGAGAUGAAAAAAAAGAUGGAGAUGGAAAAGAGGAUGAAAGUGAAAAUGAGAAGGAAGAUGAAAAAGAAAAAGAAGAUGGAAAAGAGGAAGAAAAUGAAAAAGAAGAUGAGAAGGAUGGAGGAAAUGGAAAGGAAGAUGAAAACAAGGCUGAAAUUGGAAAAGAAAUAGCUGACAAAGAAGAGGUCAAAAAAGAAGAUGAAAAAAAGGAAGUGUCUCAGGGUAUUGUUUAAAACUGCCCUUUACGUUUUCGUAAUUUAGUAAUAUGUACCCCCAUGUUGUAAUGUUAAUAGAGAUGAAUAUUUUUAUCGAAUAUUUUUAAACACAACUUUUCUUUAGUAUCAAUUUAAUUUCAAAACCUCUUCAUACUGAUUAUUAGUCACAAAGUUUCUAACAUGAAACCUUUAUCUAUAGAUUUUUGUGAUUAUAAUAGUGGAAUAUAUAGAAAAACAGGCUUUCAGCUUUGUCAGUGAAUACCCUUUUUUGUAAGUUAUGUAUUAAAUCUUUGAAUUUUGAUUUUACUCCUAUAUGUGAUAAUUUCACAAAGUGGAGAGAUCCCAAAAGAAUUUCCUCCAACAUUCUUUUGUUUCUCUAGGUUGCUUUUAUAAAGAAGGUGGACUAUUUUCAUGCAGUGCCCAGAGUUAGAAUUAUCUUUCCCAAAUGUAACUUUGAUAUUAGCUUGGGGAAAAAAAUUAAUUCCAUUUUUAAAAGAAAUAUAAAUGUUUAUUUCAGCAGGGCAAUUCUGAUUAUAUGUGUAUUCACAAGAUUUUAUUGGAUUUAUCUUAAUAAAAAUUAUCUUCAAAGAUUAUUGUAGUUUGUUAUAUCUCCAAAAAUAUAGUUAAUGAAAUAUUAUAAUGCUUGAUUUUUUUCUAUUGCGAUGUUCACUAAAACAUUAAAAUUUUUUUUCACUGAGAUAAACAUAACAAAGUCACUACUUUAGCCAUUUGGAGGUGUACAAUUUAGUGCUUUUUAGUAUAUUCACGGUGUUGCACAACCACUAUCACUAUCUACUAUAUAAUUCCAUAAUAUUUUCAUCACCAAAAUAAGAAACAAAAUACCAAUUAGCAGUCUUUGUCCAUUCCCCCCAGUUGGCCCCACCAUUGGUCCCUAGCAACUGUUAAUUUACAUUCUGUCUUUAUGUGUUUGCCUAUUCUGGACACUUCAUAUAAAUGGAAUGAUGCAACAUGUGUCCUUUUGUGUCUGGCUUCUUUCACUUAGAAUAAUUUUUCAGGUCAUUCAAGUUGAAUGUAUCAUUACUUCAUUUCUUUUUAUGGCUGAAAAAUAAUAUAUUUCAUUGAUACACUACAUUGUUGAUGAAUAUUAGAAUAUUUUCCAUGUUUUGUCAAUUAUGAAUAAUGCUGCUGUGAACAUUCAUGUACAAGUUUUUGUGUACAUGUAUGUUUUCAUUUCUUCUGGUUAUAUAUCUAACAGUGGAAAUACUGAAUUACAUAGUAAUUAUAUGUUUAACUUUUUGAAGAACUUCCAGUUUUCCAAAGUGGCUUCAGCAUUUUGUAUUCUCACCUGCAAUGUAUGAACAUUCCAAUUUCCCCAUGUUGUACCAACACGUCAUUAUCUGAAUUUUUUUAUUAUAGACAUACUAGUAGGGUGAUUUAGGGGUGAUCAAAAUAAUAGUAACUUGUAUUUGCAUUUCCCUAAUGUUGAGCAUCUUCUCAUGUACUUAUUAGUGUUUUGGAUAACUUCUUUGGAGAAAUGACUAACAAAUCCUUUACCUAUUUUUUACUUGGUUUGUAAUUUUAGUACUGAGUUGUAAGAUGUGUAUAUAUUUUAGAUAAAAGUCCCUUAUAUAUUUAAUGAUUUGCAAAAUUUUUUCACAUUGUAUGGGUUGUCUUCACCUUUUUGAUAGUGUUCUUUGAUAUACAGGUUUUAAUCUAAGUCCAGUUUAUCACUUUCUCUUUUGUUACUCAUGUUUUUGGUGACAUGUCUAAUAAUCUGUUACCAAACCCCAGGUCACAAAGAAGUACACCUAUAUAAAGAAUUUUAUAGUUUUAUCCCUUGCUUGGGUUUUGAUCCAUUUUGUGUUAAAUUUUGUGUAUGGUGUAAAGUAGAGGCCCAAAUCAUUCAUUCUCAUGUGUCUAUCUAUUUGUCCAAUCAUUACUUCUUGAAAAGACUAUUUCUCCAUUCAAUGGUGUUGGCAUAAUUCAAAAAUCAAUGGACCAUAGAUGUAUGGGUUUAUUUCUGGACUCUCAAUUCUAUACCAUUGAUCUGCAUGUCUUUCUUCAUGCCAGUAUCACACAUUUGACUACCAUAGCAUUGCAGUGAGUUUUGACAUCAGAAAGUAUGUGUCCUCCAACUUUGUUCCUAGUCCCUUAAAAUUCCUUAUGAAUUUUAGAAUCAGCUUGUCCAUUUCUACAAAAAAAAAGUUGGAGUUUGAUAAGGGUCACAACAAAUGUGCAUAUAAAUUUGGGGACUAUUGCCAUAUUAAUAAAAUUGUCUUCCAAUCCAUGAA